AAUAAAAAUGCCUUUAAAAUUCACAUUAACAUAAAAUAAAGGUGAUAAAAUACCUACAGCAAAUUCAUUUUAUUAGUUUUACGUGAAGUUUUAGUGAAAAUCUUAAAAUGAAAAACAGAGUUAUCGUCGCACGCUUGUAAGAGUGAGACAACACUACUGCUACUGUCAUUUGUUUAUGUAGUUUUUGUUGUAGUGGCGCUUGUGGUUGUUGCUGUUAUUCUGUUUGCGCCAUGGCUAGAAGUGAUUAAAAGCAACAAAAGCGCCUUAACAAGUUUUUUAAUUGUUGUUGUUGUUGCAGACAGUGCAAUGCCGGCAAAACAAUCAAAACGCAUUGCGCAAAAUAAGGAAAAUGUAUUAGAGCGUGCAUAAACAACGCCAAAAAACAACAUCGUUAACGACGAAUUCGGCGAAUACACAACAAAAGUGGAGUGAGUAAUAAAUGUAUAGAAUGUUUGUGCGAAAGUAAAACUCAAGUGUAUAGUAAAACGAAAACGAAAUUAGAAGCGGUGGCUCGCCAUGCCUUGCCAGGCAUAAGCGUCACAAUGCGGUGCAUAAAGUAAAGUGGAAAACGAAAUACUGGGAAAAAACGUAGCGUAGUGAAUUCCUGAGUUUCAAACUGCUGCUGGUUUCAUAUUUUGCCGUCCUCUAUACUUACCAACAACAACGCGACAACACAAAAAUAAUGGCAAUAAGCAGAAGUAAUUCGAUUAGUGCGCAGGCCAAACCACCGACCAGGAGGACGCGCGUCUUUUUAUUGUCGUUGCUGCUACUGACGCAGCUGGCGGAUGUUUUGCAUGCAAGUCAAGCAUUAUCAUUCACAUUCGAACCACAAGAUGCGAUUGUGCCCGAGGGUCAUUCGGUGUUGCUACAAUGCGAAGGAAAUGCACAGGCGAGUAAGGCUUCGAAAUCCUUGCCAGCCCACAUACGUUGGCGGGGACCUGAUGGUCAGGAUCUGGGGAUUGUUGGAGACACUUUUCGUACGCAGCUGAAGAAUGGAUCGCUUUACAUCAGUUCCGUGGAGGAAAAUCGCGGCUUGACAGGUGCCUAUCAGUGCCUCCUUAGUGUCAAUGGCAUUGGCACUGUGGUUAGCCGUCCAGCCUUGGUGGCUAUUGCACAGCUGCCCGACCUGAAUCAGGAUUUCAUCGAAACGUAUUUGCUGCCUGGCCAGACGGCCUAUUUUCGCUGCAUGAUUGGCGACUCAGGACAACCGGGUCUAAAGCAUAGCGUGCAAUGGUACAAGGAUGAUAUGCCAUUGCCGCUGGACAAUUUGCGCAUGGUGGUUCUGCCAAACGGAGCGCUAGAAAUCGAUGAGGUUGGCCCCUCCGAUCGCGGAGUCUAUCAGUGCAAUGUGACUUCGGGCAGCAUUUCGCGGAUGAGCAGUAAAACGAAUUUGAACAUUAAAAAAGCAAACGAAGCGGGAGCAGAUAAUCCAAGCGCCCCCUCGUUUCUGGUUGGUCCUUCGCCGAAGACGGUGAGGGAGGGCGACACCGUUACCUUGGACUGCGUAGCUAAUGGAGUGCCAAAGCCACAAAUUAAAUGGCUGCGUAAUGGCGAGGAGUUGGACCUUAACGAUCUCGACUCCCGCUUCUCCAUUGUGGGCACGGGCUCCCUGCAAAUCUCAAGCGCCGAAGACAUUGACUCGGGCAACUAUCAAUGCCGUGCCAGCAAUACUGUUGACUCAUUAGAUGCACAAGCAACCGUGCAGGUGCAGGUGCCACCGAAAUUCAUACAAAGUCCCAAGGACAAGACAGCCCACGAAAAGGAGGAGCUCGAGCUGGAGUGCGCUAUACGCGGCAAACCGAAACCGGCCAUCAAGUGGCUUAAGAACGGCGAUGUGAUAACGCCCAACGACUAUAUGCAGUUGGUGGCGGGCCACAAUCUGCGAAUUCUCGGACUGCUGCAGUCCGAUGCUGGCAUGUUUCAAUGUGUGGGCACGAAUCCAGCAGGCAGCGUGCAGGCGGCGGCUCGUCUGCGCAUCGUAGCACCAGGAGUCAAAAUCAAGCAACGCAAGUUCCAAGGACAUUCUACAAAGUCCCUACAGACCUCGGACAUGUUAUCGCCCAAUAAACGCCGUAAAGGUUUCAACUCGGGCGAGCUACGCACCAAAGCUGGUGGCAGUCUUGAUGCCGACGAUGAAAACGACAGCGACGACUCGCAAGAAAUGAAACGAUUACAUUCCAAGACAAUAUUUGAUAGUUUACACUCCCACAAGCCUAUGCCCGAUAAACCGCUUAAUGACCGAAACUUUGAUGAACUGACCUUUAAAAAACCCAACAACGACAAACUUAAGCUUGAUUUAGAUGAAGACGAGGACGACUAUGACGAUGCAAACGAUAGCACACAACAGCUAAUUGCUGCCUAUAAACAGGGCGAUGAUCCAAACAAAAUACUGGCCACCUGGCAGAACAAGAACAAAAAACAGAAUUCACCCCAACAGCCAGAACAACAAAUUCCACCCUCAAAUUUUGCUUCUUCAGAUUUAGCCGAAGGUGAUGGUCCAGCAGCCGCUGCACAGGGCGGGUCAAGUGGUACCAAAUUGCUGGGAAGUGGUCUGAUAGCACGCCUUCCAGGACCACCGCGAGAUCUGGUAGCCCAAAUUGUGAAGCCACGCUUUGUCACACUCAGCUGGUCGGAGCCGCUCCAGAACUCCGUCGAGGUUGUUUCCUAUACCGUAUUCUACAAGAUGAGCAACAGUGAACGCGAGCAAAAGAUAGUAACCAAAUCGCACGAUGAUCAACAAGUCAACAUACAGUCAGUGCUGCCAGGCAGGACGUAUCUGUUUCGAGUGGUCGCCAACACCAAUUUCGGCCAGGGCGAGUCCUCGAAAGUCCUAGAGGUGAGCACACAACCCGAGGUAAACAUAGCUGGACCGCCGCGCAACUUUGAGGGCUAUGCGCGUAGUCACAAGGAGAUUUACGUGCGAUGGGAUCAACCGACAGUUACCAAUGGCGAGAUACUCAAGUAUCGCAUCUACUACUCUGAGGGUGAAAGCGGAGCGGAUUUGCAUUACGACAGCACCGCCCUGGAGGCUGUGCUUGGUGAUCUGCGCCCCUACACGGACUACAUAAUAAGCGUGGUGCCGUUUAAUCGUAAUGGCAUGGGUGAUCCCUCUUCAGAGAUCAAGGUGAAGACAUUCUCCUCAACGCCAUCUGAGCCGCCGAACAAUGUUACGCUGGAAGUUACGGGCUCAAGUUCCAUCACAGUACACUGGGAGCCUCCAGCUGAAGAGGAUCGCAAUGGCCAAAUAACAGGCUAUAAAAUCCGCUUUCGCAAAUUCAAAGACGCACCCCAGGUGAAGAGCACGCCCGCGAACAUACGCUACUUUGAGCUAAACGGACUGGAUCGCAAUGCUGAGUAUCAGGUGAAAAUAGCAGCAAUGACUGUGAAUGGUUCGGGUCCCUUUACGGAAUGGAAUCGCAUAAAUACGCUCGAAAACGACCUGGAUGAAACACAGGUGCCGGGGAAACCUAUCUGGAUUGCCAUACAACCAGGAGCGAACAAUAUUGGGCUUCACUGGGGUCCGCCACUACAGCCGGAGAUAAAGAUACGCAACUAUGUCCUGGGCUGGGGCCGCGGCAUACCCGAUGAGAAUACCAUCGAGCUAAAAGAAACCGAACGUUACCAUGUCCUCAAGAAUCUGGAAUCAAACACCGAGUACGUUGUCUCGCUGCGCGCGCGCAAUGUCAAAGGUGAUGGACAACCCAUUUAUGACAACAUAAAGACCCGCGAUGAUGAGCCAGUGGAUGUGCCCGUACCGCUCGAGGUUCCUGUUGGCCUGCGCGCUAUAACAAUGUCCAGUUCGUCCAUUGUUGUCUACUGGAUUGACACCAUGCUUAACAAGAAUCAGCAUGUGACGGACAAUCGGCAUUAUACUGUGAGCUAUAGUAUUACCGGAUCCGGUCGAUAUCGCUAUCACAACACCACCGAUCUGAACUGCAUGAUAAACGAGCUGAGACCGAACACCCAGUACGAGUUUGCUGUCAAGGUAGUCAAAGGUCGACGCGAGUCGGCAUGGUCCAUGUCGGUGCUAAACAGCACGUAUCAGAAUGUACCCGUGACACCACCACGCGAGCUGACAGUGCGCCUCGAUGAGCAGAAUCCGCAUAAUGUUAUAAUCCAGUGGUUGCCACCGAAACACACUGUGGGCCAAAUAACAGGCUACAACAUCUACUACACCACAGAUACUACAAAGCGUGAUCGGGACUGGUCCAUCGAGGCAUUUUCGGGCGAAGAGACGAUGCUGAUGCUCCCAAAUCUGAAGCCAUACACCACCUACUAUUUCAAGGUGCAGGCGCGAACCACUAAAGGCAGCAACAAUGCACCAUUCUCUGCACUAGUGGCUUACACAACAAGUGCUGCGGUCAUCAUGCAGGAGGCCGAUACCAUAGCCAAAGGCGUCGACAAUGAGAAGCUGUUGAUCAUUAUUAUUUGUGCCACAGUACUGGUAAUGGUUUUCCUGCUCAUUGGCCUAUUAUUGCUGUGCCGUCGUAAGCCGCAAUCCUCGCCGGAGCAUACCAAGAAGAGCUACCAGAAGAACAAUGCGGGUGUACCGAAACCACCGGACCUAUGGAUACAUCACGACCAAAUGGAGCUGAAAAACAUUGACAAGUCUAUCCACAAUGCCACUCCCGUCUGCAGCGAUGGCGCCUCCAGCAGCGGAGCACUCACACUGCCCCGUUCCGUGGUUCACAGUGAAUACGAAGUUGAGACGCCGGUGCCAGCGCAUGUAACCAACUCAUUGGAUAAACGAUCAUACGUACCGGGCUAUAUGACAACAUCUAUGAACUCGACCAUGGAGCGACCGCAAUAUCCGCGAACCCAGUAUAACCAUCAGAAUCGCUCCCACAUGACCAUGGAUACGGGUCUGUCGCAACAGAGUCUGACACAACCACAGAACAACUCGUUGGCCCAAACGCCCGAGCAUCCCUAUGGCGGCUAUGACGCCAAUUUCUGUAAUGCGGGCUAUGCGGGUGGUAGCAAUGUGGGCGGCAGUGGUGCGCCCAACAACGGCUGUGUGUCCACCAUAGAGAGCGCCAAGCGUGGCCAUCCACUAAAGAGUUUCAGCGUACCAGGUCCACCGCCCACAGGCGGAGCAACGCCCAUCAAUAAGCACACAGCUCCUGCCGUUACAAUACGUCCACAAAAUCAAUCGCCCUACAAGAAACCCUCGUUCUCGGCCGCCACGCCCAAUCGCUUGCAAGGCGGCGGCUCAGUUGCGCAUUCCACCGACGAGAUUCAAAGACUGGCGCCCAGCACAUCCACCGAGGAGCUAAAUCAAGAAAUGGCCAAUCUCGAAGGACUGAUGAAGGAUUUGAGCGCAAUAACAGCGAACGAAUUCGAGUGUUAACACCAAUAACCUAAAGACAAGAACAUAGUUAAAAGUAUUAUGCAGAAUCCGUUUUUUAUGUUAUUUGUUUUUUAAUUUCUGUUGCGAUUUUAUCUCGAAUUUGUAACUCGAAUUGGCCAUUUUUUGUACAUUAUCAUUUGUGUAGUAUUCGAUUAGCUUUUAUGUUUAUAGUUUAUAAUAUAGUUUAUACAUAUUUUGGACCGAUGAUAACUGUAAAUAUUAAUGAAGCCAUAUAUACAUAUAAAUAACGUUUUAUCAUAGGUAUUUUUAAACGAAAAUGUAAAAAAAAAAACAAGUGAGAAAAAGAAAUAUGAGAAAUGUACGUUUGUUGGGAUGCUGCCCCUGGCAUUUAUUUAUAUUUAUUGAUCCUAGCUUAAAUACCAUGUGUUUCAUUUAAAUGUAAGGUAUGGUCAGACAUCCAUAUAAUUUCCUCACAAAUAUAUCAAAUGUCAAAGUUAUGUCAAAAACAUAAUAUUACUUCAAAUAAAACCAAUCAAAAUUCCUUACUAAAGUAUAGUCUCGUACUUGUAGAGUAAGACAAAUUGCUGAGCAAAUCAUUUGCCAUGUCUGACCGUAGCUUUACAUUCGGCUGCAAGCAUGCGACAUAAAUACACACAUAUAUAUAGAAAUAUAUCUUUAUAAUUUAAACAUAAAGUCACUCAAGGCACAUUCUUACAAGAUCUACGCAGCCCUAUACACUAAGUCUCAUAUUGGUAAAUCAUUUAAACCAUAAUAUUUAUGCUACAUAUUUCAACUUAAGAAUCAAAACGUGCUUGGUAAUUUGCGAAAAAUAUCAAUUCAAUAUGUGUUUGUCUACAUUAUGUAAGAGCCGACGUUUAGUUUUCCAAGAAGCCUCCUAAGUUUGGAACGUGCCAUUUUGAUUUAAUAAAAGACUAUUUACUUAAGCCCUUAAGUCAAAAACUAGACUAGACUAUAUUCUAAGACGGCAUUUAUUACCUAAACUCUACCAGUUAUACGCUAUAUUCAUACAUACAAGUAUAUGUACUAUAUACAUAUUUAUUCGUAAUGAAAUUUGUGUGUAAGCCACCCUUUGUGCAUUUUGAUGUGUUCAAAAUUUUAUACCUACUAAAGAGUCGCUUAUGUCAGAAUUAAAUUAUUUUCCAUUUCGAAAAUCCACUAAGAUGCCUGCAGUAAAAAUAAUUUUCAAUGGCCAUGUGCUGCGGAUUGAAAAGUAAUUACCUACAAAAAAAUAUAAAUGCACAAACUUUGCAACAACAUAACUAAUAAGUAUGUUAACCUUUUUGACAAAACCAUUUUCACAUGACCGGUUCAAGAAUAAGCAUAACGUUAAAGAAAUAUAUGGAAAUGGAACUUUAGAUUUUUUCAGCUUAUCGGGAAGUUUUGAACUUUUAAAUUGUUUAAAUGUUACUUGUUGUUGAACCGUGAAUACGAAAUACAAAAAAGAUAGAAAGCCCACGUCAACAAUUUGGAAAAAACUAUAAUUUUAACAAAACUCUGUAACCAUAAAUGAAAAAUAAAAAAAUAUAUACCGACAUUUUUGUGAAAUCGA